UUCGGGAGUACGUGAUCUCCAGCAUCAACGAACUGUUCAGUUGAUCUGCGACUGCCGUUGAAGAAUUGGAUCGAAGAUGGAAUUUGCGACGAGAAACGAAGCGAUUGACUCUUUUACCUCUGGAGACCAGCGAAUAGAUGUCAUUGGAUUUGUGGAAACAAUUAUCGACAAUCCACCGACACCGAUGGACAACGUGCGACUGAUGUUCACAUUGAACAACAAUCGAGGGAGAACACUUCUCAUUUGUAUUUGGAAUCAAGCGAGUAAAAUUCAUCCGGAGUUCAUCAAACCCAACGCGAUUCUUCACAUAAUUAACGCGCGAUGCAAAAUAUUCGACAUCCCAUUUGUCCGUGAUAAUAUCAACUCACGAAUAAAUGGGGAAGCAUUCGAAAUUCAUGUCAAUCAUCCCACAUCGAUCAUCAAAAAAAUCGGCGAUUUCAAUCCCGAGGAGUUGCAAAAAACAGUGCCACCCACUAUUCUGUGGAAUCAGAUUCGCGAAUCUGAUGGACAACUCGUGCGUCUCAAGGGUUUUGUAAAGGGUGAAUUUGCAAAAUUGAAACACUGCACUUAUGGAUCCAUCACAGACGGCCGUAAAAAAUUAAAUAUCGUCCUGACGAAUAACGAUGACAUACAACACUUUAAAAUCGGCGAUCUGAUCGAAGUCGAGGGGACGAUCAACAUGAAGGGAUAUCGUGCCAAAUGGUACGGACGCGAUCCUCCGGGUAUUGAACUCAACGAAGCCUCCAAGAUAAAAAAAGUCGAUGCCGAUUUAUCUCUCCUCGAGGUCCUCAUGAUGGACAUUACCCAAUAUCCUUGAACGAUACGUUUAAGACAACUCUCAUUGAAAUUUAAAUAAAUUCCCUUUAUUUAAACAACGUAAUCUCCAAGAUUAUGAAAUAAAACACCGAGAUAUUGUCGAAAAAAUUCCGUUCCACUUGUUCACAAAAAAAAAAACGGUAAACAUUUUUAAAAGAACAAAGAAUCGCUCGCCACAGGACAUUUCGUAUGAAUAAUCUCUUUACAUUUAAUUUUGUUAAAUAACAUUUUAUAACAAAUGCAAUGUGUGAUUGAUACUUUAUUAAUAAAUUGUUUUGUACUGCGA